GAUCAGGAAGAAUGACACCCAAAUUAGAGUGCGCACGAGGCACAGUGACGGGAGCGCCGCGAUUGUCGCGCGUCGCCGUGUGGCGCGGCCGUCCCUUCUGAACUUUCGUCCGCUAGUGCAAGUUGCAGCGCCACCAUGAUAGUCAAGGCGAGCUCGUACGUGCCGCUCGUCAAUACCGCAUGCGGUUUACGUCGUGGAGUAACGUGCGUCGUGACGCAGUUUACACAGCCGAUACGAGAGCAUGGCACCAUCGUCGAGAAGAGGAUAUCACGGGAGACGAUGCAUGAGCAUUACUUGAAGACUUUGGAAAAGUGCAAAUCGAAGAAGCUACCGCAGGAUGUCAAUCCCAGAGGAGUGUUUGCCUGUAACGAACUCGACCUUAAGGAGGUUCAGGUCUAUGGAUUCGAUUACGAUUACACCCUCGCGUGCUACAAACCCUCCAUGGAUUACCUGCUAUAUAAUCUCGGGCGGGAAAUGCUCAUCAAGAAGUACAAGUAUCCUGAAGGUAUCGGUAAUUUGGAAUACAGAGAAGGAUUCGCAGUACGAGGAUUGCAUUAUGAUAUCGAAAAAGGACUUUUAUUGAAGCUCGAUAGUUUCCUGCAGAUACAACUUGGUACAGUUUAUAGAGGUCUACAUCCGGUUCCGAAUGAUGAGGUCUUGAGACUUUAUAAAAAUCGGAUUAUUCCAAUUGCCUACGUCGAGGCACCGCAUAAACAUUCACACUAUAAAGAUGGAGUUAAACGAACGAAAAUGGUUCAGCUUGCCGAUUUGUUUUCUGUACCUGAAAUGGGAUUGUUAUGUAACGUCACGGAAUACUUCCUGAGAAAUCAUAUCGAUUAUCAUCCGGAAAUCUUGUUCAGGGAUGUCAAAAAUUCAGUCCAGAAUUGUCAUCCCAUAAUGCAUCAAAUGGUUGUCAACAAUGUCUCGGAAUAUUUAGAACAGACCAAAGACCUGGUAAAGUUUUUUGAUCGCUUGAAAGCCGCGGAUAAAAGAAUGUUUCUGGUAACGAAUAGUCCCUUCCAUUUCGUGGAUAAAGGGAUGCGUUUCUUGGUUGGUGACGACUGGAAACAUUACUUUGAUGUUGUGAUUGUUCAGGCAAGAAAACCUAGAUUUUUUACUGAAGAAUCGCGACCCUUGAGGAUUUAUGAUGAAGAUAACCAAACGCAAUUGUGGGACAGAGUGACUAGUCUUGAGAAGGGUGUGAUAUAUCUUGAGGGAACAGUAAAGCAGCUUCAGGACAUGACUGGUUGGCGAGGUCAUCAAGUUCUGUACUUUGGUGAUCAUCCUUAUAGUGAUCUGGCUGACGUCACUUUAGAACAUGGCUGGAGGACCGGUGCGAUCAUUAAGGAAUUAACACACGAGAUUGAAACUCUAAAUGAUCGAAGGUUCAAGGAAAAUGCAAACUGGCUGCAAAUGCUGACUGGAUUGAUUGAAGAUCAUCAAGAUUAUGAGGGACCAGAAGCCCAGGCACAAUUGGAUGAAUGGAUGCACGAAAGGGAUGAGCUUAGAAAUGAGAUAAAACGUGUCUUCAAUCAACAAUUCGGUUCGGUCUUUAGGACAUAUCACAAUCCGACAUAUUUUUCUAGAAGGUUAUUUAGGUUUGCUGACAUUUAUAUGAGUUCCAUUACGAAUCUCUUAGGUUAUUCUCCCAGUCAUACCUUUUAUCCAAGAAGAGGCGUGAUGCCUCAUGAAUAUAUUAGUUACUUCGUGUAAAUGAUAAUUAUUAAAUAUUUUUCAUUUCUAAAGAUUACAAAGAGACUUGAUACAGCUGAAACUUAAGAUUGCUUAGAUUCUUUACUGAGCACAGAUAAUUGCACUUGUUAACAACUUGUUAAGUCAUUAGUCUUGGUGAAACGACAAUAAAACUUUCAGACUAUUUAGUAUCGACACGUUGUGAUCUUCUGAAACAGAUGUUUCGAAAUGAUGUGAUAAACUAAUCAAAAAUAUUAACAUGGUGUUAAAAUCACAAUGAAAAGAAGGCGUUUAUGUGUUCAAGCAACUACAAAAUGACAUAUCACUCAUGCUAGCACUUGGUGCUUCCAGAGAUGAGCAGGGAAAUUGCUAAUACUGACUACGUUUACACGGCAGUCUUAGAGGAAUCGACUAAUCCCAAAUAUUCCUUACAACUCGAAAUGUCUAUAAUUUCUUAAUUCUAUUAAAUCAGUAUUAACUGAACCAGUUUAAGAGCGCCGUGAAAACGUCGUCAGUAGGUCCGUUCAUACAAGUAUUUUUACAUCAGUAGCGUUGUGCAUCUCCCUACUCAUCUCUGGUUUUUACGUGCUCCGAAGCACUAUAGGCGUGUCCGAAAAUGAGCCGAUUUUCAUGGUCCACAAGUUUUAUUUCGGUGUCGAUGUGCCACCUCAGCGGAAGGUCCUCGAACCAGUUUCUCAUUUUGUUUUGUCGAGUAUACAUAUAUAGUAAUACUACGCGUGAUAUCUAUGAGCUGACUGUUAACAACUAAUUUAUUGUUUUAAUUAAUUAUUUUAAUAUUCCAAACACUUCAUAAUUUAUUAAUAUUCCAAUUUGAGCGUAAUUUAUUAUCAACGUUCUAGAAUUUAAUGUGCUUUCUCCAUUCAGUGAAAAAAAGAACGAAUAAACGCUGUGAUUGUAAUUUAA